GAGAGUUUAAGUUUCGAAAGAAGUUAUAUAAAAGAACCGUUGGAAUGGAAGUCGAAAGGAUUGAGUCGGUGAAUUGGCGCUUAAUAUAAAUAUAAAAGAACCUUUUCUUCUUCCCUCUUCCACUCUUCACUCAUUCCUCUCGCUGCUCUCUAAACACCGCCGGAGAUUCAUCCCGCUCGAUCUCCGUCACUCCACUCUCCUGAGAUCCUCGCACCCCAGUCCUUCGCAGCACACUCACAAUCAUGUCUAUUAUCCAACUAAAUUAUCAAGAUCAUUAUUAAAGUGAAGCUGAAAGAAGUUGAUCAAAAUGGAAAUGAUGGGAUAAACAUACUACUUCAUUUUGAAUCAAUAAAAAAAGAUGUUGAAUAUUGCAUGGAAAAUGCCUUGAGCACUUAUUUAGUAUGCCUGGAAUUGGGAAAUCAUAGAAGGGAAAUGUCACAAUGUGUGGUCUUUGGUGGGUUGAAAUGUAUAAAACAAGUGGUCAAAACAAAGAGGUUUGAUGUGGCAAUGAAGCACAACAUCCAACUAAAGAAGUUGAUGAAUACGUACGUAAUCCUGAUGAGAUUCCAUUCAUUACUCUUCAACAAGAAAAGGUUUAAGAAAAAGAACUUAUGGUGGAAAAAAAAGAAGAUGCCCCUGAGAAUCAAAGUGUAUGUUUUUACCCUUAACACUAUAAAAUCACUUGAUGGUUUUUAUGUUCUUAUUUAGUUUUUUUCUUGUUAUUGUUUAAAGGUACACUUUUAUUUCCAUUGAAUCUCAAAUAAGGGUAUUGGAUGAAAUGUCUUUAUUAAGUUAAAGGGUUUAUUUGAUUUAUUUUGAUGGUGAAAAUGUUUUUGGAUUAAAUUAGGUAUAGAGAGAAGUAUAUAAUCACAAUUUGCAUAUUUGAAACAUCUGCAAUAAUCAAUCUUUCAUGAUUUCUGCCAUUUUGAUUACCGAUUUAUUUUCCAUAUGAAUUGGUGCUCUUUUUGUUUUGUCCACCAAAACCAGAUGAUGUUUGUUGCUACAAUAUGUUAUACACCGAAGGUUAGUGUAAGUUAUUUUUAGGGCUAAAUGCAAUAAAUAACAACUUGCUUUCAUUUCUUUGUGUUGUAUAGCAUCUUAGUUUCAUUUUUUAGUUCUAUUCAUGUCACAUUACAGUUUUUCAGUGAAUUGUCAUUCUUCAAAAAGAAAAUAACUAAAAUGUGGAAUCGAAAGCCUUUCCAUUUUCUGUCAACCAUACACAUGAUGGAUAUCAUUUCCUUUGACAAAUAUUAUUCAUUACUCUGCAACAAGAAAAGGUUUUAGAAACUCAAUAAAGAACUUAUGAUAAAGAAAAAGAAAAUAAGAUGCCCCCGAGAAUCACCCUUGACACUAUAAAGCCCUU